AAGAACGUCAUCUGCCUCAUACAUUUAGCUUUAGCCAAAAUUAGCUAGUUGUUCAAAUCAUAGAUAGAUCUUGGCGAAACGAGUGUUUUUCAUUUCAACUGACAGCCUACGUAGCGGUUAUUUAUUUGGUGCUCCCUGGGUUUACAGUGCCAAACAUGUAUAUAAAAGCCUUGUUCCGAAUCCGAUGCAGAGACAUGCUGAAGGCAGAACUGAUCGUGUGAAAUGCUGGCUAGCUUAAUCAAAGCUAGCUGACGAGCAGGGGCCGAGAAGCGAAAGUGGCUAACAUUAACGAGAGAUAAGCCUAUCACAAGAAGCUCGGGUAAUAACAUAACCUGCCACUGAAGCAACAAGAAAAACGACUGAUAGAGGUAGUUUCUUUCCUACAAAGUAGCAGUGGUUCUGUUUCCCAGCCGGAGCCAUGGGAGCGUUCCUGGACAAACCCCGGACGGAGAAGCACAACUUGCACGACGAGGGCAACGGCCUGCGCUACGGGCUGAGCUCCAUGCAGGGCUGGAGGGUGGAGAUGGAGGACGCUCACACAGCCGUGCUCGGACUUCCUGCUCCUGGUAUGACUGACUGGUCCUUUUUCGCCGUCUACGAUGGUCACGCUGGCUCAAAGGUUGCCAACUACUGCUCCAAGCAUCUUCUGGAACACAUAAUGAGUGCUAGCUUAGGGACCCAAGGCCCUCCUGCUGGGCCAGACGGCUCCACCGGUGACCCUCCAGCGCUGGCUCUUCCUACAGUAGAGAAUAUCAAAACUGGGAUCCGGACAGGCUUCCUGAAGAUUGACGAGCACAUGCGCAGCUUUUCUGACCUUCGGAACGGCAUGGACCGUAGCGGCUCCACAGCGGUGGGGAUCCUCAUGUCACCCGAGCAUUUCUUCUUCGUCAACUGUGGCGAUUCUCGAGGCGUUCUGUACCGCAACUCAAACGUGUGUUUCUCCACUCUCGACCACAAGCCUUGCAACCCCCGCGAGAGAGAGCGCAUCCAGAACGCCGGCGGCUCGGUGAUGAUUCAGAGGGUUAACGGGUCACUGGCUGUUUCAAGGGCCUUGGGGGACUAUGACUACAAGUGUGUGGACGGGAAGGGCCCCACAGAGCAGCUGGUCAGCCCCGAACCCGAAGUCUAUGAGAUGGUUCGGGCCCCGGAACAGGAUCAGUUUAUCGUCCUGGCCUGUGACGGCAUCUGGGACGUCAUGACCAACGAGGAGCUCUGCGAGUUUGUCAAAUCUAGGCUUGAGGUGUCCGACGACCUGGAAAGAGUCUGCAAUGAAGUGGUGGACACCUGCCUGCACAAGGGGAGUCGGGAUAACAUGAGUGUUGUGUUAGUGUGUUUGCCCAACGCUCCCAAAGUGUCGGAGGAAGCUGUGAGGAAAGACGCUGAGCUCAACAAAUAUAUGGAGUCUCGAGUGGAAGAGAUGCUGUCUCGGCCCGGGGAGGAGGGCUUCCCUGACCUGGUAGCAGUGAUGAGGAGCCUGUCCACCGACAUCGGCAUGCCCCCCCUUCCACCAGGGGGAGGCCUCGCCAGCAAACGCAGUGUUAUUGAAGCAGUAUACAACCGUCUGAACCCAUACAGGGAGGAAGAUGGGAACGGAGCCGAGUUGGAGUACCACUGGUAGCUGUCCAGCCCGACUGCCUGAUCCAAAAGGAAAAAAGACAGGACCACACGAGAUCACAUCCAUAGUCACCCUUUUAAUUUCCUCUGGAUUUUUUUUUAUUUGUACUCCUCACACUAAGAGAUCAAUGGCAGCAGAAAUCCUGGUUUUAACACACUCGCACACUCUUUGUAGAGGACUACAAAACAGAUUUAGGUUCUUUCUGUAGAACAAAACGGGGAACAAAAAGAACAACUGCGUUAAUAUCGGAAAAGCUAUACAGUAUAUACUUCAGAGAGGCAAACAAGCACACUUUCUCUUGCCACUCGUUUUCCUUGCUUUCUUUGUGGUGGUAGUUUUUGUCGCCGAUUGAGGAAGACCCAGGUGAGGAAGACCCAGGAGCCGCCCUGAACGCUUUGGUGCCUUCCUCAGAAUUGAGAGAGAAGGGAGACCCUCGAACCCGACCGUCAGCCCGCCAUUCCCCAGCCAGUCGCUCAAAGACGUUUGUAAGAUCCUGAAUGGACUGAAGGGGAUUAUUUGGCUGCAAUUUGUGGCAUUAUUUGAUCACACCGAGGGACCACACAAGACCACCCCCCCCCCCCCCCCUCCAGGAUCUGGUGUGCCUCGCUGCAGAUUUGAAUUACGAGGAGUUGGUUUAAGCUCAAGUGUGAUAACUGUUCUUGCACGUCCCUGCUCACUUUCUCUCCGCCUGUAUCUUAAAGGAUGUUAACAAAACAUUAGAUUUCUCUCUCUUCCCCUCUGCUCUGUCUUUUCCUUUUCCAGAACCACAAGCAUUCAGCCUGCUGUUGUUUAACAGAUAGAAAUUAUAUAUUAAAGUCAUAUACAUAUAUAUAUAUAUAUAGCUAUAUUUUGAUUUGUUUGUUUCAUCUUAAUUCACAGCUAUGGUAUUCGUCGUUGCCUAACGUGCGUGUGGUCUUUGUUCAUUUAGUGUGUAGACAAAUAAAAACACAAAAAAGUCAAAGUUGCACGCACAGUUUUCCCGCACAACAUCGGUCCAAAGACAGGGUUUUGGGAUAAAGGAAUCUUCAACACACACAAUCCUGCUUGCGCUGCAACUUGCCUUUUCUAUCUCCAAUAUCCUGUGUACAAAAAACAAAAAAUGCCUUUUUUUUUUGUUUUAAUUGAAAAAUAUUCCAUUCAUUUCUUUGUAAUGUUUUUUUUGUGCUAUAUAUGGCUUUUCAAAGUACUGUGGCUGUGGUCCUAUUACAGAUGGGUAAUACAAUGAUGAGGGGAGCAUGAGAUAUACCUUGUACAGAACAUUGGGAGGGAUUUUGUUGGUGUUUCACUGGACGAAGUAACAGAGGGACACUGUCACUAAUGGCUGUCCUUCAAUUGUUCAUAGACUUUGCCUCAAAGGCAGCGGGCUCUGGCGUUGGAAGCCCUGGUUUGACUCUUUGGAUCGACCUGGAGUUCAUUUCCUUUCUGUAAAACCCUAGCACUAAUAAGUGAUUGAAACAAAGCCUGUUCUUUUUAAAUAUUUUUAACAAAUGUGCGCAUAGACAAAUUGGGGUACACAUACUUUGCAUGUGUAUUCUUUCCCGUAGAUGCAUUAAAAAUAGGCUUUAAGUAUAUACAAAACUGUAAUAUACACUCUUUUUUUCAAUCAUUCAAUGGCAAAUUCAUUGAGCUUUCUGAAGUGGUAGUUUUGAAAGAGAAUAGGCCUAACAGUUUGCUGAUUUGUAUUGUUCUUGUGGUACACUUGCUCUUGGUGCCAUAUGACGAAUAGGUACUUGAAUGUGUAGUUCUUUUGCAGUUGUUUUAAUGGGAUGAUUGAUUUUUUUUCUUUGUUUGUGGUGGAGGGUGUGGGUGGGUGGGGGGGGGGUCUAUAGUUGUGCAUGUUUUGUGAUUGAGGGAGGAGUGUAUUUUGUGUGUGAGAUGUACUGGGCGGAUGGGGGUAAUGUGGGCAUGUUCAGUGUGGUGGAACACAAUGUUGGAAAGAUAAGUGAGGUUAAAAGUACAAAAUAGAGAAAAAACUGGAACAAAAUGCAGGAAAUUAUUAUUUUUCUACAACCUUUCAUCCUCCAUGUUAUGGUCAACAUCUUUUUUUUGACCCCCAAAAUAGUUUUUUCCCCACUUGAUCUAAUUUGAGAUUGUUCCUGAAUUCAAAUCACUACCAUUGUGGAUUUCUUAAUAUUCUGCUUGAUAUUUUUUAACAUUGUAUUAGGUUUCACCAAACUGAACAAAGUCCUCUUUUUGGGUUUAUGUUUAAGCUAUAACAGACACUGGGCUAGGAGAGGACUUAAGGAAGGAGAAACCUUUAUUUUUCUGAAUGUAAUUGUUCAUUAUUCACACUGAUCCCACUGCAUGGACUGAGUACAAGCAGCACUCUCUCAUCAUCUGUCAUUUAGUGACAAAACAAGCUCUCUUUGCUCCCUUUUUAUUUUGAAAAAAAACCAAUACACAUUGUUCUGGUUGUGGAAUCUCAAGAUUCACAAGAGGCUUUGGUGUUCAAUAGGAAUACUUAGAUCAUGGGUUCUUGCUUUGAUUUAAUGAUAUGUUAAGUAAGGAGCAUUUUAAAAACCAUACAGUAAUUCUGGGCCGAUAGGGUUCAUGUGACCGUGAAGACUUUAGAGCAUCAUAAGACAGACAUGACAUUCCUCACGUGGGCAUUUUAGUAUGGAUAUGAUCCCUUUUACUCUUUACCACCUCCUUCUAUCGUCUCUCUUUAUAUACAUACUUAGAAUUGUAUGAUGGCAAUGAUAAAUUCCACUCUUGUUUUUUUUAUUUAUUCCAGUGCUUUUUAGCUCUUAUAAGAAUGCUGUAUUUUGAAGACAGUAUAAGGUAAUAAGCUGGUGUGCAUUUGAGAGUAAUGUAUGACCCACUCUCCUUCAUUUUGACCUUUCAGAGGACAAAAGAAGGAAAGUUUGAGACGCAGAGGUAUUCACAAUCCCUUCUUCCUGUACUAAUUCCCCAGUAUGCUAUUGUGAUGUUACAGACCAUACAGUGAACAUAAACGUCAAUAAAAGAUGGAUUUAAGUUGAAAACGGUUUAAACUGC